AUGAUGUCAAAAAAGGAAUUCUAUACCAAUGUCACGCCUCUCCCCCCAAAUAUACCCCGCCAACUAGCUCUAGACAUCCUGCACAGCCACAGCGAAAUAAUCACCCUGAACCCCCUAGUCCUCUCGCACCACCCUAUCAAAGCCCCGCGCAAUGCAUCGGCAGACGAAUAUUACUCAACAUGGUACGAGAUAUUUCAACGCGUGCAAUACGUCCCAGGACUAGGAAAGAUGGGCUCGGGGAAGAUAAGCUUCAAGGGCUGUUUUGAAAAUCAUCCCUGGGGUGUGAAAACACAUACCUACCCUCCAAUGGGGAUUGAUUUGCUCAGCAAAUUCCGCAUUGCGGGAACUCAGUUCAACGAACUAGGCCAGGCACAAGAGUCAGAACCUCAACCAGAUCUCGAACAACGCAUUCCAGGCGCCCCGGCCAAAGGACUUUAUCUCCUCGAGGAAAUCGAAAUAAAGUGCAACAUCACACUAAUGUCUUUUGUGAAGAGCCAGUUGAAAGCAGCGUCGAAGGUGUUGGUGGAUCGCCUGAUUAAGAAAGCUGAGCUCCUCGAUGCAGGUGUCUUGCAGGCGUUGUUCGAGGAUGGAAAAUUGAGGACGUUCAACCCGGCGGACCGGACGGAGAACCCUAUUCACAUGCAGGCUCAGUUGUCGCCUACUUUGCCUCAUUCGCCGACGGGGUCUUCGAGGUGGGGGUCUAUUUCUUCGCGAGCGAAUUCGGUUGCACCGUCGUAUGGGACAGAGUAUAGGAAGAGUCUCGGUGGCGCUGUGGAGUUGCCAGAUACUUCGGCAGUGAAUCGGGGUUUGCCUUUUACGCGAUUUGAUAAGGGAUUCCCGACUGAGCUGCCUGCUAUGGAGGAGGUUCCGAGGGAAUAUAAGUGA